AUGUCACGAGUCCGGGUUGACUGUGUGCAAGUUGAAGGCCUCGUACUGCUUAAAAUGAUAAAGCAGUAUCAGGAAGAGGCCCUCGCUAGUCAGAAUUGUGUCAACGGAACGUUAUUGGGUCUCUGUAACGGGAAUGUCUUGGAAGUUACCAAUUGUUUCUUGCUCCCCAAGACUCAGGAUGACGAUCCCGCAGCCAACGAAGCUCUACUUAAUUUUGAAGUGAACAUGAUAAAAAACCUCAGACAGCUUAACAUUGAUUACUUGAAUGUGGGCUUCUACCAAAGCGGACCCGGAGGAAUAUCCAUCAACAGGGCCAACAUUGACAAUAUUUACCAGUGCCAGAGCAAUCUGCCGGAAGCAAUCCUGCUAACCUACGAUCCAACAAGAACAACAAGAGGUCAUAUUGGCCUCAAGGCUUAUCGUCUAGCGUCAGAUAUAUUGAACGCCAGGUCCGAUGCCGAGCGGCGUCUACGGGUUUCGUAUACUCCGAAGGAAGCAGCUUCUUUACUGGGUCGGAACAACUUCACCCGCCUGUUGGAUGAAAUUCCCGUCGUUCUGCACAACUCUCAUUUGGUCAAUAUCGUGUUAUCUGAUCUUGUUAGUGAUCAAGAUUUAUCCCGAACCACUAUGUCGAGCAACUCUUCAAUUCUAGACCUGGCACCUCCUGUUCCAGCUGAUCACUCAGGACGAUACUCGGCUUUGAAUCUUAGCAUGGCUUCCACUUUGGAACAACAGCUCCGCUCUUUGCUUAUCGGACUUGAUACAGUCCACGACUAUCAGUACCUGUAUCAGCGAAGCCUGGCGAAAUCUCAGAGUUCUGGGAUAGGAAAGUCUUCACAAGAAGCCCGUAAUCGUGAACUCGCCCCAAUUCGCUUGGACACUUCUUUGGUCUCUGCACAACUGGACUUCUACUGCACUAGCUUGUCACAAAUGGCCGGACAAACAAUGGGUAAACUAAUGAUGACACAAGCUCUACAAUCCACUCAACAACCUGUCGGAGGAACGAAAUCACAUAAAAACUAACUUCACUUGAUUUGAAAUUCUAUUGUUGUAUGAGUUUUGUGAUUAAAUGGUGAAGUCAGUGUGCUGUCUGCUUAACGGUUUUGGGUGUGGUAAUUGAGUGGUCGUGCUGGC